AAUUAACAGCGAUAAGUGUGACAGAUGCGGCGCCAGAAGCAGCUGGCGGUGAGUUGACUUCCGGUAUGUUCGCGGAAAAGCUUUGACGGGUCCGGCUACUUCCGCCUUCAGCAGCGUUUCCUGACAUAUAAAAAUGACGGCAACGUUGCGUCCCUAUCUCAACGCAGUCCGCGCCACCCUGCAGGCCGCCCUCUGCCUGGAGAACUUCUCCUCUCAGGUGGUGGAGAGACACAACAAGCCAGAGGUGGAAGUACGAAGUAGUAAAGAGCUGCUUCUCCAGCCCGUGGUCAUCAGCCGUAAUGAAAAGGAAAAAGUUCUGAUUGAGGGCUCCAUCAACUCUGUCAGAGUUAGCAUCGCUGUCAAGCAGGCAGAUGAGAUUGAGAAGAUCCUGUGCCAUAAAUUUAUGCGUUUUAUGAUGAUGAGAGCAGAGAACUUCUUCAUUCUGAGGAGGAAACCGGUGGAGGGCUAUGACAUCAGUUUUCUCAUCACUAACUUCCACACAGAGCAGAUGUACAAACACAAAUUAGUGGACUUUGUCAUUCAUUUCAUGGAAGAAAUCGACAAGGAGAUCAGUGAAAUGAAACUGUCCGUCAACGCCAGAGCUCGUAUUGUUGCUGAAGAGUUCCUCAAAAAUUUCUAGGUCAAAACCCCAGAACACAUUCCUUGUAACAAUCCUGGCCGUCACUGUGGAUCAUUCACAUCAUGGGGUGGAAACAAGACAAACUCACAUCAGCCAGGAGAAGCUGUCAAACAUAAGACGUACGGUAAAGAUGUUCUGGCAGCGAGGUUUCGCCCCUUUCAUCUUAAAAUACCCUUGUGCUCUAACAUUGUUUGUACAUAAUGAAUAUUCAUAUCUGAUCAUUUUCUUCCCUUGGAACAUGAGGUCAUGGCAGAAUUUGUAACCAAUAUCCGUGAGCACAGGGUAGUGCAGGUAUUUUUCCACAUAAUUUAAAUGUUUCUAUUAAUAUAUAUGCACAUGAAUUUCAUUUUGCUAUGUUUUGUUAUAACCUGAAACUACGAGGGCAAUCAAUUUGUGCACAUUUGUUUUAGUAUGCAGAGUAGACCUUAUUAUAGAUGGAUAUCAAAAGAAAUACACUUGCUGGAAAUUGAGAUAAAAUAAACAUUAUUCUUUGUAUAAUA